AUGUCGGCAGCAAAUAAAUCUCUCGGUCACGUCGUAGUGACUGGCGGCUGCGGCUUCCUGGGUCACCACAUCGUCAAGCUGCUAGUGGAGCGGUACCCGGCGUCGCGCGUGUCGGUGCUGGACCUGCGCACAACCAACAACCGCCUCUCGUCCUCGAGCGUCUCCUAUCAUGACGGCGACAUCACCGAUGCGGCGGCGAUGAGCGAGCUGUUCAAGACGAAGCUGGCGGGCGCGGACGUCGUGAUCCACACGGCUAGCCCGCAUGCGGUGGGCGUGCCAGACGAGGUGAUGCGCAAGGUGAACGUGGACGGAACGAGGAACCUGCUGGAUGCGGCACGUGAGGCGGGCGUCAAGGCGUUCGUGUACACAAGCAGCGCCAGCGUGAUCUUCGAUGGGGUGAUUGAGCUGGUGAAUGCGGAUGAGAGAUACCCUAUCGUGGCAGGGAAGGGGCAGCCGAGCUAUUAUACGACAACCAAGGAGCAAUUGGUCGUGGAAUCGAAGGCUGACAUGAGAGCAUCAAACUCACGACAGGCCUGGGCCGAAACCGCCGCUCUCGAAGCCAACCGCACGCCCAAGGACAGCAAAAAGCCCCUGCUCACCUGCGCCAUCCGCCCGGCCGGCAUCUUCGGCGAAGGCGACGUGCAGCUCAUCCCGCCCAUGCUGGGCGCCUACUUCCGCGGCCAGUCGCGCUUCCAGCUCGGCGACAACACGAACCUGUUCGACUUCACCUACGUCGGCAACGUCGCGCACGCGCACCUGCUCGCCGCGGCGGCGCUGCUCGCCACGUACAACCUCGCGCCCACGGUGCCCAUCGACACGGAGCGCGUCGACGGCGAGGCCUUCUUCAUCACGAACGACCAGCCCGUGCCGUUCUGGGAUUUCGCGCGCAGCGUCUGGAGGGAGGCCGGCCCGCCGGUGCCCAUCGAGAAGACGUGGGUGCUGCCCAAGGACAUCAUGAUGCCCGUGGGCAGCGUGCUCGAGUGGAUCUGCUGGGCCAUCGGCCGCAAGCCGAACAUUACGCGCGAUCAGGUGAGGUACAGCACCGUGAGGAGGUACUACUCGAUCGACAAGGCGAAGAGGAGGCUCGGGUACAGGCCGAUCGUCGGGCUGGAGGAGGGCGUGAAGAGGGGCGUCAAGGAGGUGUUGAGCAGGGAGGGCCCCGAGUGGGCGUGGGUGAGGGGUGGUGGGAAGCCGCCGGCGAAGGCGUAA